CUGCCACGUUGAAAUGUGGUCUUAGACGAACGCCAUUUUAUAUCCCAGCGUUCUUUUGUUCGGCAAUAGAAACACUUAAAAACCAACUUUGUUAAUAACAUUCAAGAUGAAUUUCUACUGGACAGUGUCGGUCUUUAUUGGCUGUAGCCAUCUUGCUGUGUCCCAACUAACUUUUAAUGGAACGACUAUAGUGAAGGAAAAUGUUGGCAAAAUGGAACUGAACUGCUCUUUUAAGAAAACGGAAAAGUUUGCUUACCCAAUAGAACGUCUGGUCAUUAUGAAAGGGACAUAUUUUGAUUUAGCUUCUUUGACUUUAGACUCGAGUGCCAAAAGCGAAAAAAAGGACUGGUACAUUGUAGCGAAUGGACAUUUUGAUGACACUUUGGAAAACGCUGACUUAAAUAUAGAAAUUGAAUAUCCCACAAAGGCGCACGCUGGGACAAAUUACACCUGCGUGGCUUAUGGGAAAAAUGAGAGUGACAUGGAAGUUUCUUUAUUGGGUCCAGCUUUGCGGGUGGUCAUUGAGACUCCUUCCAUCAAUGACGUAUCUUUGUUUGUUGCUUCGAAGAUUCGUGAGUUGGCGGAUGGAUUACAGAGAGGCAAGCAAGAUGUGCAUAAUUUCACGCAAGUGCAGGUUGAAAUGAUGCACGAGAUGAAUAGGCUGUCAACUAACAUUAAACAUGUUGAUAGCGAGAAAGAAUUAGAGAUGAAGAAAGUCAACCAGGGACUGGACGAAAUCAAGCAGCAAAUAAACACUCUGGGUAGUAAUAUUACAAUUAAUGGACAAGUGAAUGGACUAUAUAUAACGAAAGUCAUCCAGGAUCAGGACAAAAUCAAGAAAGAUAUAGACAACAUGUCUAUUAAUAUUACAAGUAAUGAAGAACAGAUCAAAAAUAUCACGCAGAAACAGGACAAGCUCCAGCAAGAUAUAGACAGCCUAACUAGCAGCAUUGAAAAUUUUGACAAAGAGAAGGAACAAGAUAUCAAGAGUGUUAGGCAGGAACAGGCUCAACUCAAGCAAGAAAUACACAGCCUGGCUAUUAAUGUUACAAGUAAUGAACAAGAGAAUGAAGAACAGAUCAAAAAGAUCGUGCAGAAACAGGACGGACUGCAGCAAGAAAUUCACAGCCAGACUAGCAGCAUUGAAAAAGUUGACAAACAGAAGGAACAAGGUAUAAAGAGUGUCAGUCAGAAACAGGACGAACUCAAACAAGUUGUAGACAAACUGGCCAAGAGCGUUGAAACCCUUGAAAACGGCAAUAAACAAUAUAAAGCCAGUGACACACAGGCGUUGGCUAACCUCGAUCAGAAGACGAGCACGCUAGCUAGCAGCAUUGUAACUGUUGACAAAGCGACUAAACAAGCGCAGUCUCAGAUACUAGAAAUUAAAAAUUCACUUCUGCAAAGCAGUCGCACCUAUAACGGCCCUUACAUUGAAAGGGGAUAUUACUCCUGCGGCGCCUAUUCCAAAAACUUCCCAACCAAGACAGAUGACGUCAGAACGGAAGAAGUGCAAGUAAGCUUCAAAACCGCGUUCAAGAAUAUGCCCUUAGUAUUCCAAACAGUCCUGUUCCAGGAUAUCAACUCCAACAAAAAUGUCCGAUUUACCGUAGGCACUGACAAAGAAUCCAAAACCGGCUUCACGGGGAUGUGCUUUACAUGGUCCGAUUCUAUCAUUAACCAGCUUGAUGUCGAAUGGAUAGCAAUUGAUGUCCCCUUCACAUCGCGUGAAUAGCCCUUUCAUUGGCAUAUACCCAGGGAACCAACUGAGACCACUCAAAUAAAUAAAAUACAGGUAAACAAAAUAUAUAAAUGAAAUAAAUAAACAAAAUUAAAGGAUGAAAUAAAAUAUUUAACACAAAAUA